UAAAAAAAUAAAGAUAAAACAUAAAUUCAUUUGAACAAAAUUUUGUAGCUCCCAUUUAAAUAAAAAAUUAAUUUGGUCAAAAGUCGUUGGCCCAAAAUUUAUGAGUUGAUUGGGCUUAAAUGGGCCCUUUUGAAGACGAAGCAAUUAACUCCUGAACGUUAGUUUGGAAUCCAUUAUACAUCAUACAUCGUCUUCUCGACCUUACUGGUUACUGGUUAGGGGUGUUCCAGAGACGCCACCCCGCCUCGCUGCAAACCGCUUUGACUCCUCUGCCGCCUAGAUCGCCAACAGCUUACUUUGCCCGGCCGACCUUGCUACUUUCGCCAGCCGUAAUAAUGACCACUCGAAUCGCUCCUGGUGUGGGAGCGAAUUUGCUGGGCCAACACUCGGCUGAGAGGAAUCAAGACGCCACCGCUUACGUUGGCAAUCUUGAUCCUCAGGCGACUGAGGACUUUCUGUGGGAGUUAUUUGUUCAAGCAGGUCCUGUUGUUAAUGUGUACGUUCCGAAGGAUAGAGUAACAAAUCUUCAUCAAGGAUAUGGAUUUGUUGAAUUUCGGAGCGAAAAAGAUGCUAUGUUGUGUUUUUUUUUUUAAUAAAAAAAGGAUAAGAGUCAUAGAGACUGUGUUUGAUCGCUAGAUAGACGGUCAAAUUCGGAAACAGAUUUCUUGAUGGAGGAAGCAACCUAUCGAUGGGGUGAACAGAGGGAAGUGAUGAUCAUGUUGACUUCUGAGUUUCAAUGGGCAGUAAAGUGGGAAAGCAUUUGAUGAAGCUGCGAAGGAGAUUGUGAAAAUAAGGAAGAUGUGGUGAAAACGAGCUCCUUUGAAGAUCAGUUUGCAUUGAAUAUAAUUCGACCGACCUUUUGCAAUCGCCAAAUCAAUUGCUAGGAUUGCAGCACGACCAUGGAUAACUAAAGUUACAGAUUUUUUUUUUCUUAAAAUAAUUAUUAAGCAUAUUAGCCGAUUUUAAUUUAAAUCUAACAUAUAUCAGAUAUUAAAUUCAAUCCUGUUGCCCAAUAUAAGUUGGAAAGACGACAUUGUAGUGAAUUCGACUAGAAAUGGGAAAUGGACAUUGAAUAGCAAA